UGUGUGUGUGUGUGUGUGUGUGUGUGUGUCCUUGGCUGGCAUCAUAUAAAGUCGCGGUCAGAUGGAACGACGGUAGUGGAGGAACAACAGAAACCUCUGACCAGCAGCUGAACACAACCGGGAGAAAGAGAAGGACGAGAAAUGUAUCCUGCGUGGCUAUUGGUGGUUGUGGCGGUGAUGGGCGUGGCCGGAGGAGACGUCAGUCUGUGCUGGGAACAUCCAAGCUGUCAGGACGUCAACUCUGAGACGAGCAUGAUGGAGUGCGUCGAGCUGUGCCGCUCCGACCUCACCGCCGAGGCGCCCGUCGUCCCGGGCGCGGCCCACCUCCAGCCGCCUCCUCCUCCAUCCGAGGCCCUGCCGAUCCUCUCGCUUCUGUCCUCCCCCUCCUCCCCCUCCUCCCCGCAGGCCAAGCGCUCCUACUCCAUGGAGCACUUCCGCUGGGGGAAGCCCGUCGGGCGCAAGCGCCGCCCGGUCAAAGUGUACGCCCCCAACGGCGUGGAGGAGGAGUCGGCCGAGCUGUACCCCCCCGGGGAGAUGAGGAGGCGCGAGCUGAUGGAGGACGAGAAGAAGGCGCAGCAGCAUCAGCGGGAGGAGGGGGAGGAGGAGGGGGAGGAGGAGCUCCCAGGUGACCACCACGAGAAGAAGGACGGCGCCUACAAGAUGAAGCACUUCCGCUGGAGCGGCCCGCCGGCCAGCAAGCGCUACGGCGGCUUCAUGAGGAGCUGGGACGAGCGCGACCCGAGGCCGCUGCUCACGCUCCUCAAGAACGUCCUGAACACGGAGGGACGGCAGUGAGGGAGGAGGGGGUGGAGGGGGAGGAGGAGCAGACAGACGGGCCCACGAGUCCUUCAGAAAAACCCAGAUACACCUCGAAACCGAGACCAUGAAUAUGUGUGGAUGAAUAAAUGGGAAAAUCGCUUUUCACUGCGAUGCCGCCUUGUUAUUUGGAUAUAUUAUGAUAGAUACAGACUCAAUGUCACGAUAUAAAUCAAUAUGUCCCGGACAAUACUAGAAUGUUGAUAGUGGCAAAUGUCUCUUUUAAUCCAGCAAACUCUCAGAAGGGUAAAGAUAUCCAGUUUGAAAACACAUCAUCAUUCACAAUUGAGGCUCUUGUUCUAAAAUAUUUGACCUAAUUAAGGAUCCAGCUGUCAGAAUCAUCGCUGGGUCGUAGUUUGAGUUAAAGGUUAAUAAAGUAAAAGAGGCCUUAAACUCCUCAAAAGCCUGAACUCUAAAAAAGUUCCCUGAGUUGGAACAGUUUCAAUUAUUUUAACUUUGCUCUCUGCUCACUUUGAAAAUGAGUUUAAAACCCUCUUAAUAAAACCACAUAGAGGUUUUAGGAAGGGACAGUAAUUUAACACCAAGGUGUCUUCUAAGGUGUCCUCUCAGUCGGGUCCCAACAGGACGAACGCGGCUGUCUGCUCCUCCGAGGCGGGGCUCGAACCCACGGUCACCGGUCCCGCUCGGUAACUCCUCCUGGGAUGAUUCUUUUUAUCAAAUGAGUCAUGUAAAUACAUGUAAAUGACAUGAAAACAUAAAGUUAUUUGCAAGCAAAA